AUGCAUAAACCCUCUUUGGCUCAGAUUGUGCAUAACGCAACCUUUCCGCGCCCGCGUACGAGCGAUCCGGCGACUUUCUCCGCUCACAUCACCCGUAACCUGGUCCCCGAAGUUCGGAUUGAGACUUCCACCUUCUAUGGAUCGCUCGACACUGUGGAAGCUCAAUACCCUGGCCUCGAUUAUUCGUACGGUCCGCAUCGCAUGAGGCUUAGUCGCUUCCCGUGGCAUCGCCGGCUAUUCAGGGUCUUCGACGACCUCGGUUUAACAGAGGCCGAGAUAUCCUCGCUGUGCCGCUGGGAGGGUACCAAAUCGGCACGCCAGCGUUACGAGAAAGAAGAGGGCGUUAAGGUACAAGACACGACCGCCAAUGGGGUCCGACCAGCGUCGCCAUCCCCGCUGCCUUCUGUGGAAGUUCAUUUCGACGAUGGUCCGGAACGGGUCAGAGAACCAGAGCUCCAGGUCGAAACGCGCGAGCACUUCAUCCCUGUGAAUGAUGCCAUUGAUGACCGCGGUGUGGACUGUGUUCUACCACAGAAGGUUGAGGAUGACUCAAGCGAUGAUGAAAUGGAGAGCUGUGGCGUGGAACUGAACCAUCGUCUUCUUGCAGCAAGUGCCGCCCGCGAACAAGGCGCCAAUGUUCCCCUGGAUGAGGACUGGGAGCAGUGGCUGAAGGAAGCUGGCGAGCGGGGAAGCUACGCAGAUGUAAUCAAUGCAAUCCGGAGGGGGCAACCAUUGGAUUUCUUGUAUGAGAUGCCAUAUCUUGGUAGGACAGGUGCUAGACGGUCCGUGUCGCUCUCCGAACGAAUCAUUCUUUCACCGACGUCCACGAUCUUCUACAGUAAAUUCGACACCCAGGAGGGGCCCAAGGUCGUCCAUCAGGUCCCAGAUGGCGCCAUUGUUCCCUCCGCGGCCGCCCCGUCACAACAUCUCUUCCUGACUUUCUCCGACAUCUCAUUCUUCGUGAUCCCCCGUCAAGAGCUAUGCGGAAACUUGAUGCAGGUCUGUACUAAUGGGUACCGGAUCCUUGGAUACCCAAUCUGCAUGAAGUCGCCUCGCUAUGACCGCAACGAAUUCAUCUUUAAUUUUUGUCUGGUGCUAGCGGAGGAAGAAGACUUCAGCACGUACAAGAGCGUGGUCCAGAAACUUGCAGAUUUGAUGCAUGGGUUAGAAGAGCAAGGCCAAUUCUUGUCCCGGGAUCACUCCAAGAGUGGAGAGGGAAAGGUUUAUAGCUUGUGUGAGACAUUGAUGGAGGAUUUAAACAAUUACUGCGAAUGCAUGAUUCCCAUCGAUGAGUUGAACACCUUAAAUAUUAAGCUAUUUCCCGUCUAUCCGGUUCCUCCGGCUGUCAAAGCAUGGCACGUUCCACUAUUUACUGUCCGAUAUCAAGCAUUUAUGGAUGAGAAUUGGGAUCUGACUAUGCAGCGGAUCGUCCCUCACAUCAACGGCGUUAAUAGCAUCCGGAUAAUUUCCAUCCUCGCCGAUACAGACUUCUCUCUCACUUGCCGUGCAAUCCGCCACUUGCUCUACUACGACUGUCUCUUCCUCCUCGACAUAUUUUCCUUCUCAUCCAUUUAUGCUCCCACAGCUCAAUUCAGUACGACAAUUGCCUCGGACGAGAAUAUGCAACGAGAAUGUGCUCGCUACGUCAACACUCUCUUCGCAUCGCCUGCUGCCGCAUCAACCCUCACGAAUUCUACCCGAACCUAUAACCCAGACGCUGUGUGGCCGCCACUCGGUGAACCCGUCACAGGCACUUCUACCAGCGUCGAUAUAGCAAGCAGCAAUGGCAGUGUCAGCCCCAGGAGCCCUAGUCCAGUCCCUACCAUUACAGCCCCAGGUAGCACAGCAACGACAGCUGAAGACCAGCCGGAAAGGGAGGUCGUUGACGGAGUCGGACUAGUCGAGCUCUACGCCAGCCUCAAGCAAGGCCAGAGUAUCAAGCAAUGGUACAUGCACCAUAGCCGACAGCUAGCCUACAUUGACAUUCGCCGGUUCAUCACCUUCGGCAUCAUCAAAGGCUUCCUUUACCGCGUGCACAAAUACGCCUACGCGACAGGAUUUCCUGCUCCGCCCUUGAAGUCACAUCAUCACCAUCAUCAUUAUCACCACGGUCACACAAACAGUGGCCAGUCAUCCAGAGGGCCCGGAACAGGGACAAAUAGUCCAUAUGCAUCGAGUGUAGGCGACGACCCUGCGCCCAUCGCCACGCACCCGCAUGAUGGACCUUCCACCUCUGCGUACAGCGGAAGUCGGCCCGGAACGCUGAUUGAAGAUGAGGAUGACGAUGAUUAUAUCGAUGAAAAGACCUUGUCAAAGUACCUGGAUGGGAUGCACUCUUUUGAUCAGAUCUGCACCGAGCUGGAAAUCAGUGAGAAGGAGUUGACCACUAGAUUAAAACGAUACCCGGGAGAGGUGUUGAUCAUACACCGGUGA